AUGGAGGUGUAUCCAAGAAUGACCUAUUACAAUGAUGUACAUGAUGGAGCAGAUGUAGUAACAAAAACUUUGGAGUCCACGGAUCAUUUUACUCCACUGCAUAUCCCUCCAGGUCCAUCUAUAUUCCCAGAAAGGUGUGCAAGGCAUCUAAAAUAUAAGGCACCAGGUGCUCUACUCAUAGAGGGCCGAUUUCGUCCUUUUCAUCCUUAUGUCCAUGGCAACACUGACAUCCAAGUUGGCCCCUAUAAAAAGGAAGAUGUCAAUGAAUCUAUCUAUAGAGAAGCUGUGACAUGUUCACGUCAUGCACCAAUCAUUGAAGGAAUCAGUCACCAAGAUGAAACUCCUAAAUCAACAUUCCAGCCUCCAGAACCUGAUCUUUUACCUCGAGCUGCCAAUAUACUAGAAAAUGUAAAGAAGGCUCUUUGGCUAUCUACAUACAAGCGAGACUACACAGGUAGAGGGCGUAUGAACCCAUUGCAGCUGGAUGACUAUAAUGCCAAGUUAAUUGGCAGAGCAACAGGAGAACUGGGCAAAAAUGUGGAUCUUAAAGAAUCCCUUCAUUCGACAAUGUCUCAAGUAAGGCCCUUGGAAGGACGCAUUGCUCGUACCCUUCAAGGCAGGCUCUCACAUCAUCAACAUCAGCAUGCUACAGAGAACUACGAGUCACCACUUCAUUCGAAAGACCAUUGCAACAUAACCUGGCAUUCAGAGGAAGUGCAGAAUAGAGGGAAAGGAUCCCUGAGUCCCCUUCAGCAGGAUACACAAAACAAAGCUAGUCAAAGGGACAAUUACCUGCUGUACAAUUGGAUUCAGCCUGAAACAACUUGCCAGGAAGAAAACGGUCAAGAUAAGAAACUGUUCUCGAAGAGAUUUCGGAAAAUUACAGAUACCUGGAAAACAGAUCAAUUGUACCGCAGGCAACUUACAGUGCCACCUGAACCAGAGCUUCUUCUAAAGCCCGCCGAAUCCAUUUACUAUGAAGAUUUGCAACCCUCCCAUUUAAACAGAUAUAUUGUGUGGCAUAAUCCUGCCAUUCUUAGUAAGCCAGCCUCAACCUCAACACAACUGAAGUGUGAAAGGUGUGCUAGUAAACCAGAUUCUGAAUGUGCUUCUAAUUUUGGAGAGUUUGUAACAAGCUGCAAUCCAUCCUCAGACUGGAUGCCUAAUUGUGGGAUGGUUCGACCUCAGACAAAAUUACUUGAUAUCCAGGAUUCUUUUACAAAGGGAGAAGCCAUCAAGUACUUGAAUGAUCUUACAAGGCGGGGACUAAGAGACCUGAGGGAUCAUGACAGGUAUGGCAGAAAGCAUAAAUUCCAGGGCAUUCAUGCUUUCUUUUUGUAA